AUUUGCUCUGCAGACUCUCUCUCUCCUUCUCCCUCUCUCUUCACGUGCCAAUCAUCGAGUUAUCAUGUGCCCACUCUCUGUCUUCCCUCUCUCUCAGUGCUCUUAAUCAUCCUUCCCCACACAAACUGUAUUGCUCCAAGUUUCUUCUCUUCCAUUGACUAGUAAAGAUCAAGUUCUUAGCCUUGUUUCUUGAAACCCAUCAAGGUUUUCAGCUGAGAUAUAUUUUUCUUGCAUAGAAGCAUAAAAACGUUUCACACACACAGAUAUACACACACUGAGUGAGUGUGAAGUGUGUGAAUGUGAGUACAGUCAAGAUGGGCUGUUUGCAGUCCAAAACUGCCAAUGUCCAGUCCCCUGACCAAGAACCUUCACAGCCCGACUCAAAACCAGAUCUGGCAAAUGGGGACCAAGUGGAUCAAGAUCAAGUGCCUGCAUUUAAGGAAUUUGGACUUGCAGAGUUACGUGCUGCAACAAAUGGUUUUAGUAGCGACCUGAUAGUUUCAGAGAGUGGAGAGAAAGCUCCUAAUGUUGUGUAUAGAGGUAAGCUUCGAAGUAAUAGGCUUGUCGCCAUUAAGCGCUUCUCGAAGCAGUCAUGGCCGGAUCCCCAGCAGUUUGUGGCAGAAGCUGCUGGAGUUGGCAAGGUUAGACAUAAGAGAUUGGUGAACUUAAUCGGCUGUUGUGCUGAAGGAGAUGAACGCCUAUUAGUUGCUGAAUACAUGCCCAAUGAUACACUGUCAAAGCAUCUCUUUCAUUGGGAUAAGCAGCCUCUGCCAUGGGAAAUGCGUGUGAGAGUUGCACACCACAUAGCACAAGCUCUUGAUCACUGCAACACUGAAAACCGGAAAAUCUAUCAUGAUUUGAAUGCCUACAGAGUCCUUUUUGAUGAGGAUGGUGACCCUAGGUUAUCUAGUUUUGGUUUGAUGAAGAACAGUAGGGAUGGGAAGAGUUAUAGCACCAAUUUGGCGUACACUCCCCCUGAGUUUUUGCGAACAGGUAGGGUCAUUCCAGAGAGCGUGAUAUACAGUUAUGGAACUGUUCUUCUGGACCUUCUGAGCGGAAAGCACAUCCCGCCUAGUCAUGCCUUGGAUUUAAUACGGGGAAAGAAUGUUUUAUUGCUGAUGGAUUCAUCUCUGGAAGGACAAUAUGCUAAUGAAGAUGCUACUGCAUUGGUUGAACUUGCAUCAAAGUGCCUCCAGUAUGAGGCAAGGGAUCGGCCUGAUGUCAAGUUUCUUCUUACGGGAGUAGCACCCCUUCAGAAGCAGAAAGAGGUUGCAUCACAUGUGCUUAUGGGUCUGACAAAAACGCCUGUGGUCCUACCCACUUUGCUUUCUCCUCUUGGAAAGGCUUGCGCAAGGAUGGAUCUUACUGCAGUACAUGACAUUUUACUGAAAACGGGCUAUAAAGAUGAAGAGGGUGCAGAGAAUGAGCUUUCAUUCCAAGAAUGGACACAACAAGUUCAAGAUAUGCUAAACACGAAGAAAUUUGGAGAUAUUGCAUUCAGGGACAAAGAUUUCAAGAGCGCAAUCGACUACUACUCCAAGCUAGUAUCAAUGAUGUCUGUUCCAUCCGGCACGGUAUUCGUGAGACGGGCUCUCUCCUAUCUGAUGAUAGGCCAACCAGAACUAGCACUCAGAGACGCAAUGCAGGCUCAGGUUUGUUUGCCUGAGUGGCCGACGGCUUUCUACAUGCAGGCCCUCGCCCUUUCUAAGCUUGGAAUGGAGACAGACGCUCAAGACAUGCUCAACGAUGGGGCCUCGUUCGAAGCCAAGAAGCAAAACAGUUGGCGCAACUAAGUUAUACGGUUGAAGAACGGUUAGGAAUCCGGUUGUCUUGUCGACUGUCGGAAUUAGAUUCUAGUUUAUGACGUUUGAUGAGGCGAGAGUAACUUAUGGUGUGAUCUUACUUUCUCUGUUCUAGUUUAAAUAGCUUCAUAUACACAGAAAAAAAAUGUAUAAAGGCUUUGCAGGUCAGUUUCUGAGUUGGCUGUUGCUUGUCAAAUGCAAUGUGCAUCAAGGUAUGUAAUCUGGUGAAUUAUUAAUGAUCCUAAAUGGAUUUGGUUCAUUGCACAACA